AUGCAACCCACACAAUCACAGAAGCAGACACCUAACCGUCGCCGUCAAGGCGGUCGGGCUCGUACAACUCCACAGAAAAUCUACGCUUCAGAGAACGACGCUCCUCAGCAGAAGUCCUUCUAUGAUGCUAGCCCUAGCACCCCCACCACGGGCGGUCCGCAGUCGCUGCGCUCCAGUUCGACGAACCAGAAGCAGCGUACCAAGAAUAACAAGCCCCGUAACAAAAAUGGUCAUAAGACGCCAGGGCCAAAUAUUCCAGAGAGCCUGAGCCCCUCUGCCGAACGUAAGGACGAUAAUGUUGCCAUCUUCGCAGGCUCAACUUUUCAUGCAUCACCUGCUCCAUCUGCGUUACCGAUCCCAAGCUUCUUCAGUAAAGCCGACGUCGACUCCCCCAGCACGAAGGCCGCCUCCAGCCCAGAACAGGGCCUUUACUCAACCAGCAACAAUUCGUCUGAUGGAAGUCCCAUUAGCCCCCCCUCUAUCCCACGAGCAGAAGAGUCUCCCUUGGAAUUCUUCUUCCGUGCCGACCGAGCUGAAAAGGAGAAGGCCCAAACACGUCGAGCCAGUUCUGAUCAGCCCAAUGCGGCCAUUCUUGGUCCAUAUUCGCCACCCCCCUCCCACGAGUCGCCUAAGGAGUUCUCUACCUUCCCAAAAUCCAACGGCUCUCUACAAGCACGACGUACCACCUCGUCUAAAACCACCUUGUCUAAACGCCUUAUGACUUUGGGCAUAUCCGCAGAUGAGCUCGACGGCAACCCUGGCUGGCCAGUCGGCCCCGCUUUCUCCACUCCGUACAAUGAACGCAUGCGAGCUGCUCGAUCUAAUCAAAGCUCUGCCCAAUCUACGCCCACGGCUCUUCGGAGCCAAGAUUUGAAUUCUUCGUCGCACGCUCUCAAGCGUUACCUCUUCACCGGACAACUGAGUCCUAGUGAAGAUCGAUUACAGCAACAAACGCCGAGCAAGCAGAAUUCCGUUCACAAUUGGCAGCAAGCUCACCCGCGAUCCCCGAGGCAGGAGAACCCGGCUCAUAAAACCCCACCGCAUCGCCUACCUCGCGGCAUGUUCCCGGCAUCUAUUCUAACCGCCAAUGCGCAGAGUGGGCAGUCAUCAGCUCCACCCGUAGAUGGCGAGCUUACUUCCUACCGAUCGGAACAGCUAACCGCGAUGGAAGAUGGGCUACGCCGUAUGCUCAAACUUGACUCUCCGAAUCAUUCUCUGCCGUUACAUUAA